CCAGGACUCAGGCGCUGUCGCGUGUCUAGCUCGAAUCCUCACCAAGGGAGGCGCUGUCACAUUUCCUGAUCAUGGCCGCCCCCACUUCCGGUUUGGGCCACCUGGGAUACCUGCUGCUUCUGUUCCUACAGGCUACCCCAAUCUGGGCCGUAUCCAUCAGUCACCAACACCGUAAAAGCAAGGCAAAUUCACUGAGCAGUGACAUGGCCUGUGGCCAGCCAGUUCUGGAGGGCAAGAUCUUGGGUGGAAAGCCGGCCCCCUAUCAGAAAUGGCCGUGGCAGGUCAGCGUGCAUUACGCUGGUUCACACGUCUGCGGUGGCUCCAUCCUCAACGCCUACUGGGUGCUGUCAGCGGCACACUGUUUUUCCAGGGAGAAGAAUAUCCAAACCUAUGACAUAUACGUGGGCAUCAACAACCUCGAUGUGGCUAGCAGAUACACACAGUGGUUUGAGGUCAACCUGGUGAUCAUUCACCCCACCUAUGAAAUGUUCCACCCUGUCGGAGGGGACGUGGCCCUAGUGCAGUUGAAGAGUCCCAUCCUGUUUUCUGACUUCGUGCUCCCUAUUUGCUUGCCACCUUCCAACCUGAACCUCAAAAAUCUGUCUUGCUGGACCACUGGAUGGGGACUGGUCACACCGGAAGGCCACACCUUGAAUACGCUACAGGAAGUCGAGUUGCCACUAAUCCCUAGGUUUCAGUGCCAGCUGCUCUACGGAUUUACAUCCUACCUCCUGCCAGAAAUGUUGUGUGCUGGGGACAUCGAGAAUGUCAACAAUGUGUGUGAGGGUGACUCUGGCAGCCCACUGGUAUGUAAGCUGAAUCAGUCCUGGUUGCAGAUUGGAAUAGUGAGCUGGGGCCGUGGAUGUGCCCAACCCCUGUACCCAGGGGUGUUUGCCAAUGUCUCCUAUUUUCUGAGUUGGAUCCGUUAUAAUGUGGAAAACACACCCAUUCCUCUUCAGCCGAGCCCCUCCCUCUCUUCAUCCCUGAGAGCCUCCCUUAGAAUUUUUGACAUUGUGCUGGCUGCUAGCUUGUUGCUGUCAUGAGGAAAGAGACACCCACCCUGUUGGGCCUCUUCAUGCCCUGUUCCUAUCUGCUAUAGCUCUCCAACCCUGCCCACAUGCAACUUGUGCCAUGAAGUCAGGACACUUGUCC